AAAGCCUACUGCAUCAGCAGCAGAAAUUAGCCGAUUAAAAUUUCGAUAAUAUUUCUAGAAUACCUCCGCUGAUCACUAAUAUUAGAUUUUAUUUUUAGUUUUAACACGUACUUAUAAAUAUCUAGUUUGUCUGUAAGUGUAACCCGUCGUAAAGAUGGAUAAUGACAUAUUGGACUCUCUCAACGAUUUAGGAUACACCGGACCCCUCACCGAUGAAGCCGCCUUCGCUAAAGCGCUCGAUGGUGGCCCAAAGUCCCUGGAAUACACGAAGCUCAUCCACAUCCUCGCCGAGGAGCUGAAGAAGCUAUGUAAUCUGGAAGAAACGGUGAACAUGAUGAAUGAUCCCGACGAAUCUAGCUCGUUCCUGUUGGAGCUUAGCUCGUUCUUGAAGGAGCUGGGGUGUCCUUAUAAGAAACUAGUUACAGGUCACAUGUCCUCUCGACUGGAGACUAAAGAAGAUAAGAUUCUACUCCUAGACUACUUGAUCUCAGAGCUGAUGGCAGCCAGAAUAGUUGGUGUUGACCGACCUAAAGAGAAACCCGGGAUGGAAAUAGUCAUGCAAGAAUCUCCCACGGCUAAAGACCUGAAGGAGAUCCUCAUAGCACUAAAGUUCAACAAACCACCGCCAAACAUUACUGCUGAGAUGCUCUUCUCAAAGUUGGAGUCUAAACUCAAGGACACCAUACAGAAAGAAGGUCAACAGCUAGUCGGCAAGCCAUUAUAUAAUAAGGCCAUGACAGAGAAAGACUGGAAGGCUCUUGAGACGGCUUUCUCAGAGAUGUAUGACGAAUACAGACUGAGACGAGAAACUCUAAUCACUAGGUUAGAGUGUACGGUGCAGAGUUUUGAGUGGUCAGAACGCCUCAAGAACAAGAAGGACGUAAUACAAUCAGCCUACCGGCCGAAACGCGAGCAACUGAGAAUCAAACCCGACGUCAAACUGUCAGACUUCUUAGCCGCCAGGACUUCGUUGCUGCAGGUUGAGAAAACGUCAAGCGCGAGCGUCAGGAAAAACACGCAGAGCGAUGUUAACAAAGUUAUUAUUGGGCAGGUACCGGACCGCGGCGGGCGGCCUAACGAGGCGCAGCCCCCGCCGCCAGAGAUGCCUUCCUGGCAACAGCGGACUCCGGGGCCACAGGGAGGCGGUCGUGGCGGCGGCAUGAGCGGCAGCGGGGGCGGGCGCGGCGGCGCGGGCGGGCGCGGGGGCGGCGGCGGGCGCGGGGGCGGGGGGCGCGUGCAGGGCGGGUACAACCAGGGCCAGGGCGACCAGCGCCCCCAAACCAGUCCAGCGGCGUUCAACCAGAACCAAAACCGCAACUACCAAACCUACGAGGUCCCUCCCGGCGGUUACAACAACAACCAAAACUACCAGGGCAACCAAUACCAGGGUAACCAAGGAGGGUAUCAAGGCAACCAAAGUGGUUACGAUAACCAAAGCAGAGGUUACGACAAUCGAGGCGGUGGCGGUGGUUAUCAGAAUCAGGGCGGAUAUCAAAACCAAGGUGGCGGCGGCUACAAGACAUACCAAACCCAGUCGUACCAGAACCAGGGGUACCAGCAGCAAGGGUACCAAGGCCGGGGGUACCAGAACGAGCACGACGACCGCACCGACCGCAGGGGGGGCCGCGGGGGCUACGGCGGGAGGGGGAGGCGCUAGUUACCGAGUCCAUUCACAAAACCUGCGGCGAAUGGGAUGAACGAAACUUUGUGUGGUAAAUCUGUCACACACGUAGUUAUUUAAUUUCCUUUCACUCAUUCAUUCCAUUCGUGCCAAUUCUUGUGAACUGACCCGUAGCUAAGAGGUGUUUGAUAGUGAUAGUAUGAUGUUUGGCCCCUUUUUAAUCAAAAUUGUACUUUUUGGCGGUUCUCAAUACGACGCUAUUUCCACACACACCACAUUUAGUUAUUUUGUUCUGAGAAAUAUAGGUUUCAGUUUACUUAGAAAUUGUGGGGCCGAGAAAAAAGAACCCUGUGCGUUUUCACAUUAUCCGAUCCGAUAUCAGAUGUCGGCCCAAUAUCCCAUACAUUACAGGCGCCAUCUUGGAUUUAUUCUAUUGAAAUUCUUCCGACAUCCGAUAAAACUGACUUAAAAUAGUAGGAUUCAUUUGUGGCGUUUUCAAGUAAUACCACAUUGUCGCUUAACAUAAGGACGAGCUUUGCCUAUGCGUAAGUGACAAUGUGGUACCUUUUUCUUGAGAACGUCACAUAUUUAAAUUGUACGAUAAUAUUUUUCAAGCAGAAAUUAUGUGUAAUAAAAUAAAUGCGUGAAUACAGAGGACGCGUGGUUGAUUUCACCUCUAGACACCGCAUGUAUAUGAUAUUUUAUUUCUUAUAUUAAAGUAUUACAAAUAAUCAUUUUAGUAGCUCAUUAAUUGCUAUCAAACACCUUUAUUAUUAAUUAUACUUAUUUAAAACAUCAUCACUAUUAAAUUAAAUCUCAAAACGUUUAGUCAUUAUUAAGCUAGAAUGUACUGAAAGCGAAAAUUAGAAUUUUUUAGACAAAUAUGAUAAUACAAAAAAUGUAUGAAGUUUAUAAGAAACUAACCAUUGUAUGAGUUCACAGUUUGCCUGAAACGCAAUAAAGCCAAUACCAAUAUAAUUAUAUACACAAGUUAUAUGUAUAAUUAUGUAUACCUCAAUAGAACAUACAUUGUAUGUAUUGAUUUUUUAUUUGUGAAAUAAAAAAACUGCAGACUG